UUUAAAGAGUUGUGUACAACUAGUACACUUUGAGUGGGGGCAUAGCAAUAUGACUAAAUCAAUCUUUUAAUUAAUCUAUCAUCACAAUCAUUAUGCUUGUCUCUAUAUAUAUCUAUAGACUUGAUCAUCAUCAUCUUCUUUCUCUCUUGUGUGUGAAUGUGUGUGUAUAAUUUGCAGGAUUUUGCAAUCUCCAUAAAAACUGACAACCUGGCUCUGCAGCCACUGUACAUUUCCUGAUUGUUGCAGCCAUUCCCACAAUGGGACAUUAAUGCCAUUCAAUUUUCUGUGCCAUUUAUAGCACUUGCCACUCUCUUCACUCUUCACCCCUUCCCUUUAAUUUCCCUACAUUCAGAUCUUCAUCUUCUUCUUCUUCUUCAAUUCAUCAUCUUUACCUUCUUCCUCUUCUCGUCACCUAGUUACUUAAUCAUUGGUCCCCCGACAUGUUUUUAUGUCUGGAUAAGAACUUGUGACCACUCAUGGCAGCGGAGAGAGGAAUUUUUUCUAUAUAAAACGAACACAGUCUCUGUUUGUUUCCCUUUUAUCCAUCCUCCUACAGAGAGUUCAACAAUGGCGGAAGAUGAUCCAACGGAGGGGGAUUAUCUUUUCAAGAUUGUAUUGUUGGGCGAUUCGGCUGUUGGGAAAUCAAAUUUGCUGGCCAGGUUUGCGAGAAAUGAGUUUUACCCAAAUUCGAAAUCGACGAUUGGAGUUGAGUUUCAGACCCAGAAACUGGAAAUUGAAGGGAAGAUGGUUAAGGCACAGAUUUGGGAUACGGCUGGCCAAGAACGGUUCAGGGCGAUUACGUCUGCUUAUUAUAGAGGAGCAGUUGGUGCUCUUGUUGUUUAUGAUAUCAGUAAAAGACAGACCUUUGAUAGCGUUGGAAGAUGGCUUAAAGAACUUCACUCUCAUUCGGAUAUGAAUGUUGUCACAAUACUUGUCGGUAACAAGUCAGAUCUCAGAGAAGACAGGGAGGUGACGACAGAAGAAGCCAAGGUUUUGGCUGAAGAACAAAGCUUGUUUUUCAUCGAAACAUCUGCUCUUGAUUCAUCCAAUGUAGCCGUUGCCUUUCAGACGGUUGUCGGAGAAAUCUACCGGAUUUUGAGUCGGAAAGUUAUACAGUCGCAAGAACUCAAGAGGCAGGGCACUCCUCCUUCAUGGGCGGCGGGAAAAACUGUCGUUUUAAAAGGAGAAACCGACAGAGAUUCGGCUGAAAGAAGCGGUUGCUGUUCUUGAUAGAAUUCUUCAAUGUUUGUCAAAUGUAAAUUGUUUUAAAAAAAAAAAAAAAGCCUUUCUCAUUACAAUCCUUAAUUCAUGUUUUCUUUUUUGCUUAGAAGAAAUUUUCCCAUUUCCCUGGAGAUCAUGAUAAUAAACUUUGUUUAAAAAUAAUGAAAAUAAGGACUUUUAUUCAAGGGA